CGCAAAAAAAAAACAGAAACAAAAACAAAAAACCACAGUGAGACACCUCUACACCCCUAUCAGAAUGGCUAAAAUAAAAAAUACCACCCCAAUGCUGGCAAGGACGUGGGGAAACUGGCUCACUCAUACGUGGCUAACAGAAAUGUAAAACAGUGCUAACACUCUGGAAAAUUGCAUGGCGGUUUCUUCAAAAACCAAGGGUGCAACUACCAUACAAUCCAGGAUUGUACUCCUGUGCGUUUAUCCAAGAGGAACAAGAAGACCCCUCCGGGCGCCAACCCACAGGUGACUGACCCACCGCGGGAGAGAAUAAGAAAAACAAUCUCAACAGCAAUAGCUACCAACAGACCUCUUGUCUAGUGGAGACCGUCACUGUCAUCGCCCCCACUUUGUGGUUGAGAAGACUGAGGUUCAGAGGCAGUUGUCAAGGCCACGCAGCUAGUAUGUGGCAGAGCCAGUACCUGAACCCACUUAUUACUAGUAAGUGAUUUAAUCUUCCAGUUGUCAGUAUGGCCCUUUCCACGGGAGAGUAAGGAAGGGUUCAGCCCGUUGCCCCAGGCCACAUAGCUGGAAAGUCAGGAGGUUUAAACCGGAGGCUACUCUGCCUUCUGGGCUGGAGUCCUGUUCGUGCUAGGGUCGAACUUUUCCUAACUUUCCCGGGUCUCUUUCGCCCAGUCCCAGGGGAGCAGGCACCACCCUUUUCCUCCGGGAGGCGCAGGGAGAGGGCGGGUCCCCAAGCGCAGUCCCCUCCCCAAACCCUCCCCCAGGCUAUAAGCCGGAGCCGGGGGGCCAGGCGCGGGCAGUCCCGGACUGGCCCGCUCCGCGGGGCGAUCGCGCAGAUGGCGGCGCUGGCGACAGUGGCUAAGAAGGUGUGGAGCGCGCGGCGGCUGCUGGUGCUGCUGUUCACGCCGCUCGCGCUGCUGCCGGUGGUCUUCGCCCUCCCGCCCAAGGAAGGUCGCUGCCUGUUCGUCAUCCUGCUCAUGGCGGUGUACUGGUGCAUAGAGGCCCUGCCCCUCUCGGUGACGGCCUUGCUGCCCAUCAUCCUCUUCCCCUUCUUGGGCAUCCUGCCCUCCAACAAGGUCUGCGCCCAGUACUUCCUGGACACCAACUUCCUCUUCCUCAGCGGUCUGAUCAUGGCCAGCGCCAUCGAGGAGUGGAACCUGCACCGGAGAAUUGCCCUCAAGGUCCUGAUGCUCACUGGGGUCCAGCCGGCCAGGCUCAUCCUAGGGAUGAUGGUGACCACCUCCUUUCUGUCCAUGUGGCUGAGCAACACGGCCUCCACUGCCAUGAUGCUGCCCAUCGCCAGCGCCAUCCUGAAGAGUCUCUUUGGCCAGGAGGUUCAUAAAGACCUCAGCUGGGAGAGUGAAGAGAAAGCAGCUGCUGUGCGGAAAAACGGCCUGCAUGCUGUGCCCACGGAGAUGCAGUUUAUUGCCGGCACAGAAGACAAAGACUGUCCUGAGGAGGCAGAGGCUCCAAUGGAUCUCCAGGCUAACUCUAAGAAGGAGGAGGAAUAUCGCAGGAACAUCUGGAAGGGCUUCCUCAUCUCCAUCCCCUACUCGGCCAGCAUCGGGGGCACCGCCACCCUCACGGGCACGGCCCCCAACCUCAUCCUGCUUGGCCAGCUCAAGAGUUUCUUCCCACAGUGCGACGUGGUGAAUUUCGGCUCCUGGUUCGUCUUCGCCUUCCCUCUUAUGCUGAUGUUCCUGUUGGUGGGCUGGCUCUGGAUCUCCUUCCUGUAUGGAGGGAUAACCCUGAGGGGCUGGAGGAAGAAGAAAUCUGACAUCAGAAGUGACGCAGAAAAUAGGGCUCGAGCCAUGAUUCAGGAGGAAUUCCAGAACCUGGGGCCCAUCAAGUUUGCCGAACAGGCCGUGUUCAUCCUUUUCUGCAUAUUCGCCAUCCUCCUCUUCUCCCGGGACCCGAAGUUCAUCCCUGGCUGGGCCAGCCUCUUCACCCCUGGGUUUAUUUCUGAUGCUGUCACUGGCGUGUCCAUUGUCACCGUCUUGUUCUUCUUCCCGUCCCAAAAGCCAUCUCUCAAGUGGUGGUUUGACUUUAAAGCUCCCAACACAGAGACAGAGCCCUUGUUGACAUGGAAGAAGGCUCAGGACACGGUGCCCUGGAACAUCAUCCUUCUCCUGGGAGGGGGCUUCGCCAUGGCCAAAGGCUGUGAGGAGUCGGGGCUAUCCGCGUGGAUUGGUGGGCAGCUGCACCCCCUGGAGAAGGUGCCACCGGCGCUGGCCGUGCUGCUCAUCACUGUGGUUGUCGCCUUCUUCACGGAGUUUGCCAGCAACACGGCCACUAUCAUCAUCUUUCUGCCUGUCCUGGCGGAGCUGGCCAUCCGUCUGAGGGUGCACCCCCUGUACCUGAUGAUCCCCGGCACAGUCGGCUGCUCCUAUGCCUUCAUGCUUCCGGUCUCGACACCCCCCAACUCAAUCGCCUUCGCCUCUGGACACUUGCUGGUCAAAGACAUGGCGCGGACGGGACUCCUGAUGAACGUGAUGGGCGUCCUGCUGCUCAGCUUGGCCAUGAAUACUUGGGCACAGACCAUCUUCCAGCUGGGCACCUUCCCGGACUGGGCCAACAUCCACCUAACCAAUGUCACAGCACUGCCAGCCACCUUGGCCAAUGACACAUUUCAGACCCUCUGAGUCCCCCUCAGAUACUCUCUUCGGGCUGGGCCCUCCCAGAAGGUCUCGCCAUCACCUGCUGUCAGGACCCUACAGGAUGAUCAAGCAAUUCUUCUCUGUGAUCCAGCGCGCAGCAAGCGAGGGUGACUUCCAGUGGUCCACUUGGGUCCAUAGUCUCGUUAUCUAGGAUACCUUCUCCUCUGUCAUGCAGUUCAGGGUGCAGCUACCUCCCAGAUCUGCUGCCUGAGCAACAAGCUCCUUUAUCUCUGAGCUGUUCUGUGGUUAGGAUGCAAGAAAGCCCAAUUUCAGCAACAAUAAGCAAAUCUGGAAUGGCGUUUGUCUUGAAUAGGUAGCGUGGGAAGCACAGCUAGCAUCCCUCACUGACUACACGAGUUACCAUCUGGAGAGACCAUCUUGCCUUUAGAGAUCACCUUCCUUCAAGAGACUCUGGGGCUGCUGUGUCCCAGUCCAGCUGUUCCAGCUGUUCACAGCUGGUGUGCGCUCUGCUUGGUGGGGGCCAGUUCUCCACCAGUUAUUCAAAUAUCACCCCUGCUGAUACCCAGCAGCCAGGGGUAUUUUCAAUCCCUGGAGACAGGGGGAGGGACAGAUGACAUCCUGAGGACAUGGAGAUCGUGCAAAGCCUCCUUGUUGCUUCUCCGGGCUCCCGAGCACACAAGAGGAGUUCUAGACCUUUCUACCCAAGCUUAUUAGGAUUUUCCUGUUCAGUCUGAUUCAGUGUGGCCACAGUUCCAGGGUCAGGCCAAGUCUGGGCCAUUCCCUCUCACAGGUGACCCAUGGCCCCUCCAGCCAGGCCCCUUCCGCACGUGGCCCACAGGGGCCUUCAUGGCUGCAGCCUUCUUCUUCUUCCAGGAGCUGGUCUUUACCUCCCUGCCCCGACCCGAAGCGGUAAGCACGUUUGAUUAGCAAAGGCCACAUUUUUCAGGGGUGAGAGAAAAGUCAAAAGAUAAAUUGGGGCCUUGUAAGAGGUCAAAUGUUUCAGGCAGGGAAACACCAUAAUCCUCUUCUACAGACGAGGACAACUUAAGACUUCCCCUGAGCCAGUGGCUGGUGGGGCCUGUCCUAGAGGAUCUGAUCCCUCCUUGCUUCAAGUAGGAACAUCUCGAAAAGGCACCGGCUGAGGGGCCCAGAAAGCUCACAUCCCCGACUUCCUACGCCUCUGAGGGAUGAGGUUCCCCAAGCAGCUCGGGCUGGGAAGCAGCACCCAGGGACUGAACUUGUUCUUGAAACAGCACAAGUGAGUCAUGGAUGUUCCCCUGGGAGCAGUGGGGAGGAGGGAGAAUGGGCUCCCUGUCCUUCCCGUGGGAUUACUUCAACAUUUAGUCACAGUUACAGCCCUUUGGGGUGGGGCGUGCACUUCUAUUGGAUGGGGCAGUGGAGAAAUUCAUUCACAGAGAAACCCAAGGGCUUGUAACCGGAUGAAUCGUGAUUUCAAAUACUUCUGAUUGAAAAUUCUAUAAAAUAAAGAAUGUUAAUCAA